UCUCUCUCUCGCUUUUCUCGCUCCUCACAACGCCUCCUCGCUCUCCCGCUCUCUCAUCCUCCAUCCACAUUCGGUGGAACACCUCUGAGAAAGUGCAGCCCAAGUGCGGGUAGGUGCAGAGAUGGCCGCGAUGUCACCACCGUGGCUCUGCUGCCUGCUGCUGCUGCUGCUGUGCGGCCUAGCCUCUGCUGGAUCGCCCGCAGGAGCAGGUGGCUGCAUGGCGGGCUCCAAGAGCAAGCCGAGGCCUGGGCCUGAGCCGGGCCUGCAGGCCUGUAGCCAGUACAACCAGAACGCGUGCUGCACGCCGGAGUCGGUGCGGCAGCUCUCCCAGUCCCCCGUGGUGCGCGUGGACGAGCUGCUAUGGGACCGCUGCGGAAACCUCACCCCCAGCUGCGAGUCGUUCCUCAAGCGGGUCGAGUGCUACUCCCGCUGCUCACCACUCGCAUCGCGCUGGGCUCACCGCGCUCACCCCAGCCUCCUCCACCACGUGCCCGUGUGCUCACACUUCUGCGACUCCUGGUUCGAUGCUUGCCGCGAGGAUUUCACGUGCGUGCGCAACUGGAUCUAUGACUGGGACUGGAGCGUCGAAGGGAACUUCUGUCCCGGAGCCUGCGUGCCUUUUUCUCAGAUGUUCCGGGACGGCCGCGAUUUGUGCGAGGGUUUCUGGGGCCUCGCCCUCCUCCCCGUGGCCCAUGGAGUGGAGCCGUGCAUCUCUCCGGGCGACCGAGAGGGCGACAUCACCGCCACCGCCACCGCCACUGGCGCUAUCGUGACGUCGACGGUGGUGGAAAGCGCAGCCCCUCCAACGAGGGGCAAUGCUGCGAGCCGCGACGUCGCACGCCGUGCCAAACGCGCACUCUUCCAGGAAGAGGUGGAAGGCAGCGGCAGCGGCUUCUGAGAGAGCCGAACUCCCCAGGGGAAAUCCGGAAACUCUCCGAUGAGGUUUUUUUUUCCGGGCGACACCGUGAAUUGUUCAGCAUGAUGUUCGACGGUUCGCCCUGCGUGCUAGGAGCUUUUUCAGGAAUUGAACUGAGUGGCUCACUUUUGUUUGAGAUUAUAUAACGUUGCUGGCUGUCGCUGGUAUUGCCAGUACUGGAUGGUGAUUGGGCUAGAAAUGGGAAAGCCUGCAGCAGCCAGCAAUGCUAAACAGUCGAGAGAGAGAAAAUGAGCUGCUCAGUUUAGUUCUUGAAAAAGCUCCCAGCACACGGUGCGAAACGUCAGUCAUGCCGCACACGCGGCACAACCCGAAAAACACAUCGCAGAGCUGAACAGCACCACCGUGAAAAACUACACGGUUGUGGAAAAUCUGUGGGCAGAUGCACAAAAAUCCUUAAGUUAAAUUUUCCCUAGGUUCUCACUCAUUUGAAUUGCCAACUAAUAGUUCAAUAUUACUUAAGAUAUUUAAUUCAACUGACCACUGGAAACACGGAAUGCAGAACUGGGGAACCUUUUACGAAUAGGGCUUUUAAAUUAACCUUUGGUGGGCAAUCACAUUAACACCUUCGCGUUUUCUGAUAACACCGCAAAAAAGUAAAUGAGGCUCACCUUUAACUCGCACUGAUGCAAUGUCAUGCCUGCUGUCCUCUUGCUAACACAUUGACUUUCACAUCUCCCUCUCGUAGCCGAUUAGUAACGCAUCGCAUGAUCGUGGGAGAUGAUGAUGGUGGCGGAUUGGACACGCCUUCAUGCAACAGUGGAUUCACCAGUAAUGAUGGCGACCCAAUUAAUGUGACUAAGAUAGCGGAGCGUUUAGCGCGCUGCGCUACAAGCCCAGCAACCCAAGUUUGAUUUUCGCUCACGGCCAAUGACGAUUAUCUGAACUGGUUCUGGGCCUCCCCAAGGUCGACUCAGCCUGAGGACUUGGUACGGUAUCUAAAUAUCGCUACUAGGAAGACAAAAGCGGCCAGGCGUGGUGCUAGCCACCCACCCCCUCGUGUGUCGUUCCGGCCUUCAUAGGUGCUACUCACUAACAGCACUUGUCCCAACAGUCUGUUAAGGCUACACGGGGUAUCUUUGUGGCUAAGAUGCUUGAAGUGAUGGAUUUUGUUUUUCAGGUUUUUUCGAAGGGGGUUAGGCCUCACGUGACCCUGGGCUGAAUGAAAUGGCGUUGUGGGCCAUAUGAAAUGUAGUUAUGGGCCGUGUCUAGCGAAUAUUGUUGCUCUCCCUGCACUCAAAGCUUCAGAUCAUCAAACUGGGUCUCGCAGGAGGCAGUUUCCAAAAACGGAUCCUAAAACACAAUCUAAAGUAUCUCUUUUUUAGAGUCUCGAUCUGCUCUGAAUAAGGGCCAUUACCCGAAACGUCACCUAUUAUAUACGUUUCUUUUUAAGGCAGUGUUAUUCGUUACAAUUGCCAAAUCUCUGUGGUCUGUCAGUAAGGGAGUCGGUCGGUGGGGGUACUCGGUCAGUACAAUCUCAAUUGAGAAACUGUAACGGUGAUGUUUCACAUUUGGCAAAUUUGGACCAUUACACUGACACACGAUGGCCUACUCUUACGAGAGACUUCACGGGAUAUUUAGCGUCUGCUGGGAAGCAGACAUUGUCAAGAUUCUAACCCUAAAGUCAAGUACCACAAUCCACCACUGAGUCACAGUAAUCUCAAGACCCCAGUCCUGAGAAGCAGUCUUUUGCAGACUGCUUCUCACGAGAAGUCUAAAACACAGUCGAGUUAUCUCCUGGAGUUGAGUCCUCCUGUUUCUCAACACCCAAUCCUGAGACCCAGUGCUCAUUGAAUAAAGUCUCAAGCCGGAUCUUUAAACCUGGAAGCUGAAAUCCAGUCUCUUGGAGUCGAGUAUGAAAGCCACUGAUUCAGAAACAGUGACCUCAAGUUGCCAUAAUCUGAUGAUGUUAAAUGAAAAGCUUUGUAUCAGCUUAAUAUUCCUUAUGCACAUGAGCUUGCAAUAUACCAGCAUUAAAAUAAAACAGGUAUCGCUCAAUUUACGACAGGGAUGCGUUUUAAAAAAAACAAGCGGAAAACUAAAUUUCGUUUAUUCCAACUCUACUCCUCACCUAAAAAUAUACACCUAUAACAUUUUUCACAAGACAAAAAUAAUGAUAAAGAACAUAAAUUAUUAAACGAUUGAAUAAUUUUAAUAAAAAUAAUGAACCUUUUGAGGGAACUCACCAAAAGGUCUGCUGCAUGUUGGCAUGACUGUAACGGUGAUGUGGAGGCAUUGGUGCUGCACUGCAGGGACACCGUGACGCUGUCGCGGACGGAUGACAGCCUCCCCCGUGCUUCUUGCUCAAUAAUCUCGCGGUGCGUGCCGAAGUGAAAUUUCAUUAACGCGGAAAUUCAAUUUCGAUCAUCCAAAAGUGUCUAUAAUUUGUCAAUUGCAUUCACGCGAAAUUUGGUAAACCGAACGUUCAUAAAUCGAGGGAUACCUGUGCGCUUCUAUGGAUACAGCAGAAAGCCAAGCGAGCUCAUCCACGUGUGCGUUCACUCACAACGACAUUUCUUUGUCAUGCAUAACUCUAACAUACACCUUCGACGUUUAUUUAGAACAUCAAUCAUAUCACAAUUUGAGUAAUAGACUGGCACAAUUGUGUCCGGUCCGGAAGGCUAUGCUAAAGACCACUGCGUCUUCAGAGAAUUGUGCUAGUGUUGCGUUUCUGAUAAUUAUUAUUUUUAAAACAAUUACGUCUGAAGCAUCAUUGAGAAAUGUAAGCCUCUCUUGGACAGGACACGUCGCGGCGAGGAGGGAGGACCGACAACGGUCAGGAAUAAUAACGGAGCAGCAGCCGAGCAAUGGAAUGUGUCCAGGAGUACGUCCACCGGGGAGAUAGAGCGACGAAAUCUGUUCAUGUGCCAUGGGAUCGUUGCAUCGUGGGAUCGUGAGAGGCGGUGGUGGCGGUUUAGGCAGGCCUUCAUCCAGCAGUGGAACGAUGAUGAUGAUGGCAUAAAGGAGCAGAGUCUGGAUGAAAUGAGCCCAGGUGGAGUUGUGCGGUGCCAUCUGCUAGGCCGCCGUUCUCCGACGCGAUGGCAUUUUCUUCAAACGGGGCGCAAUGUUUCAUCUCGUGAUACGACACCAAUGAUGAUGCAAUUGGGAUGUAAUAAUUGUUCUAUCGGGUUUCGCGAAAAUUUUAUUUCAAAACUACUCGUACACAACUGACUAUGCAUAAAUGGUCUUGACGAUGUCUUUAUAUUAAAUUGAAUGCUUUAACAGACGCAGUUUAAUAUAUCACUCCAACCAUCCUUUCGAUUAAGGCUGCUUUACAUUGCAAUUAAAGACAUGCCAAUCUAUGA